AUGUUUGAUCAACAAGUAAACUUGCUUAUUUACGACUAUAACAUCGCUGGGACUCGUUUGGGGACUCAUACAGCUGUUUUUGUUUAUGACGAAGAGUUCUGGUUUUCCAUCGAAGGGAUCAAGAAACGAUGUGGAGAGAAAAAGUACCAGUUUUGUGAAAAGCGAUUCGUCUGGGAACCGAUUUUACCAGGAAACUUGGAAUCAAAAGUACGCAAUCUGGGAUCUGUCUCCAGCCAAACGAAAAGGCCAAAAGAGGUGCUUAAUUUGGGACAGACACCGAUUUCAAAGUCGGACUUUCUGCAACAUCUGGAGUGCUUCCUUCUUCCUGAAUUUAACAGAAACACAUAUUCUCUAACUACACUGAACUGCAACACCUUCUGCAAUGCUGUGAUCACCUAUCUCCGACCAACCAACAGAGAGCUCGGGAGAAAUCGACUGAAUCAAAUUUUCGACGAGACGGAUAAAACAGUCCAGGACGUGAAAGAAACCGCCGUAGCCGUGGUAGAUCAAUCGGGGCAAAUGAUCAAAACUGUAGCUGGCGUUGCGCUAGAAAGUGGUUACCAAAUGAUUUCAUCAUAUUUUCAGAAGCCGCCCAACAAGAACUGA